AUGGGUGUCGUCGAAAAGAUCAAGGAGCUCGAAGAUGAGGUAGCAAGGACACAGAAGAACAAGGCAACAGAAUACCAUUUGGGCCAGCUGCGAGCCAAGAUCGCCAAGCUUCGCCAUGAGCUGCUCGAGCCGCAAAAGAAGUCGGGCAAGCCGGGCGAGGGCUUCGAUGUCAUGAAGUCCGGUGAUGCACGAGUAGCGCUCAUCGGUUUCCCUUCGGUCGGAAAGUCGAGCUUCCUCUCGAAAGUCACCGACACCAAAUCCGAGGCUGCUGCUUACGAAUUCACCACGCUCACAUGUCAGCCCGGUGUGCUCGAAUACGAAGGCGCCAAGAUCCAGAUCCUCGAUUUGCCAGGUAUCAUUGAGGGCGCUUCCGAGGGAAAAGGUCGAGGUCGACAGGUCGUCGCUGUGGCCAAGACGGCGGAUAUGAUCAUCAUCAUGCUCGACGCCACAAAGCCAGAUACGCACCGUGCGCUGCUCGAAAAGGAACUCGAGGCGGUCGGCAUCCGUCUCAACAAGACCAAGCCUGACGUAGUUCUGCGCAAGAAGAACACGGGCGGCAUCGUCAUCACCAAGGCAAUGGGCUUGACACUCACCAAGAUCGACGAGAAGAUGAUCCGCUCCAUCUUGCAGGGGUAUAAGAUGCACAACGUCGACGUCAUGCUCAGGGAGGACAUCAGCGUCGACGAAUUCAUCGACGUGGUGCUCGGCAAUCGCAACUACGUGCCGUGUCUGUACGUCUACAACAAGAUCGACUCGAUCAGCAUGGAGCAGAUGGACAAGCUCGCACGCCAACCCAACUCGGUGGUCAUCUCGGUCGAAAGAGACCUCAACAUCGACUACCUCAAGGACGUCAUGUGGGACAAGCUCGGUAUCAACCGCGUCUACACAAAGAAGCGUGGAGAGCGACCCGACCUCUCGGAUCCCCUGGUGGUGCGAAAAGGCGCCACGAUCGAGCACGUCUGUCACCAAGUGCACAGGGCGCUUGCGGACAAGUUCAAGUAUGCGCUCGUAUAUGGAAAGAGCAGCAAGUUCCCUACAUCGCAAAAAGUUGGUCUCAACCACGUUGUGGCAGCCGAUGAUGUGGUCAGCAUCUUUACCAAGUAG